AUGAAAGAGUUAGAGGAUAAAAUUUCAAGUUUAGAAAAAAUCAAAGAUGAAAACUCAAUUGAAACAAGUUUUCUAAGAUCUUACAUGACAGAUUUAAUUAAUGAAGUUAAUAAAUUUAGACCUAAAAAUACAACAGAUUCUAAAAUCCUGAAAUAUUUAUCGAUGAGAAACACUCAUAUGCAUAAUAAUCCACCUAAUAUCGAUACAUUAUUAGAAUUAGAAAAGAAAAGAAAAGAACGAGAGGAGCGAGAACAACAACAGCAGCAAUUUCAUGAAGAAGAGCAGAAGCAAGAGCAAGUAUCUCAUGAAAAAAAUUCCCAUCUCAGUGAUACAAAUACAACCAAUAAUACUAAUACUAAUCAGCUACCAGCGAAUCAAGUUCCAUCUCCGAAUGAAUCGUCAGGGUCUAGCAUUGUAUCAAAUACUUCGUCACCAAUAAUAAACAAGACUAAUGCAUCCAAUUUUAAGAUUGAUUCAUUUAACUCUCCAAUUUCUGUUCCAAUAAGUACGACGAAUAAUAAUUCAUCAUUCUCUAACAAAUAUGAUAUAAACCAAGUAAAUGAUUCUAAUAAUGUCCCUAUCGAUGGCGGUGGAACCGAUUCUCAUGCUGUUGGCACGAAUAUACCUAACAAGAAUUGGAUGGAUAAUGUAUUUGAAAAUAAUAUAGCUGAAGGAUUACCACCGUUCUUGAACAACGAUGAUCCUGAAAAAAUAGCUAAUAUGAACAACCAUACUGAUACCAAUAAUAAUCUGCUCACGACUGGUAAUCUAUUAGAUAACUCAUUAAUGUUUUCUAAUGACUUUAAUUUCAAUAAUCAAUUUGAUGAACAUGUCACAAAUUUAUUAGCUGACUCGCUUUCACGAUUCCCAUCAGAUGGCAAUCAUCAUGAUUCAAAUAUAAUAUCAAAAUCUAAUUCUUCUCUGACAAGUCCUGCUCAAUCAUUAAUGCUAACUAAUACAUGGGAUACUAAUAAUUCGCCUUCGUUGGAUGGUAUUGAUACUGAUAAUAAUAUCUAUGUGAAUGAUGACUCUAAUAAAGAUACUGCUUCAAUCAUGAAUGUACGUCCAAUUAUUGAUUCAACUUUAGCAUUCCCAAGCACUAUGACUGAGAAUGAUUUAUUUGCUCAAAGAUAUGGUACUAUGCAAUCAUCUUCAUCUUCUUUAUCCGAAUCCGCAAUGCAAUUAGGCGAUGAUAAAAAAUGUACAUGUAAUGAUCAAUGUAAUAGUGAUGAUGAAGAGAUAGAGUGUGAAUUAUUAUCAAGAAAUUUAUUAAAUGAUGAAUCUAUGAAAUCCAUCAUCAAGGAAAAGCAAACGCGUCCUUCUAAUGUGGCUCCUUCUUGUUGCAAUGGUGGUUACGGUAACAGAUUUGCUAAAUGCUCUAAAAUAUGGGAACGAAUAAAUAAUAAAAUGAAUAUCGAAACAAAUUCAGGGCCACGCUUUAAAGACAGUGAUAUCGAUGAUUUAUGCAAUGAAUUGAUGACAAAGGCAAGGUGUUCUACAAAUGGAUCCAUAGUGAUUAAGACAGGAGAUAUCAAGCAAUCAUUAAUGAAGCAUUUCUAG